ACAAGACAUCGUAUAUUACACUAAUCUCUUCACUUGUGUCUGCGAGGUUUUUUUAAAGUUUUGUUUCUGUUUAUCGAAAAUUGCAUUAACCGUCGAGAUAAGUUCUUCAGAGCAAACAUUUGGAUUGUCUCUGUCACAAAUUAGUUUACAUUAACUUUAGUUUAGCUUAAAAAGAGGCACACAACAGUCUAGAUUUUAAGUGAUUGAAAUCCACAAGGAAAUAUGUCGACAUAUGUUACCGAAGAAGACAACCUAUUAAAUGGUAAUCAACCUCAACCAGAAAUCGUCAACGCGAAGCCAACAACUAAAAAAACCAUCAAAUGUCGUUCGGUUCUAUGGCACGUUACGUUUUGGGGAUUCAUUAUAAAUUAUAUGGUCAGAUGCAACAUCAAUAUGGCCAUCGUUUCAAUGGUCAUACCGAGAAUAACUACGAACAAAACUGAUGUUAAAGUGUCGGAAUGUUUUAACCAUUCUACAGUGGCCUUAUUGCGAAACACAUCUUCUGUGAUGAGUGACGAAGACGACAAAACGUUCCGAAUCGAACGAAAUAUGAUGGAUCAUUUAGGCAUAGACUAUAAUAGGGCUGGAUUCCAGUGGAACGAAUAUCAGCAAAGCUUAGUUCUUGGAUCGUUUUAUUGGUUGUAUUGGAUAACGCAUAUUCCAGGUGGCUUCUUGGCGAAGAGAUACGGCACCAAGCUUAUAUUUGGUUGGUCCAAUUUUCUAUCUUGCGCCACCAGUUUUCUGAUACCGUUUAGUGCCUACUUGGACCUUAACGCACUUCUAUUUUUGAGAACGAUGCAGGGAUUCUUGAAUGGUUUCAGUUGGCCAGCUAUGCACAAUAUUAUUUCCGAAUGGAUACCACCAAAUGAAAGAAGUCAAUUUGUCAGCGCAUAUAUGGGAGGUUCCGUUGGGCUAGCUGUUUGUUAUCCACUGUUUGGAUUCAUUAUAUCGAUAUCGUCGUGGGAAUGGAUAUUUCAUUUCUCCACUGUCGCUGCGAUAAUUUGGUUCAUUUUUUGGCAAUAUUUAGUCUACGACAAACCAUCCCAACAUCCUCGCAUCGAUUCUGAUGAGCUUCAAUUCAUCACUGAGUCGCUGGGCCAUUCGGGUCAUAAUGACAGCAAAGACAAAAUUCCUUGGAUAGCCAUUCUGACCAGCAUACCAUUUUGGUUAACUGUUGUUGCUCAAUGGGGUGGCGUCUGGGUGCUAUUCACACUGAUGACUCAAUUGCCCACUUACUUCAAGUUCAUUCACGGAUUGGACUAUCGAAUGUCAGGGUUUUUGUCCGGUCUUCCUCAUAUCCUUCGCAUGAUAUUUUCGUAUGUUUUGUCCAUAUUUUUGGACUACUUAUUACGGUCUAAAAAAAUGACUAGGACUAAUGUUCGGAAGCUUGCCGUGUUCUGCAAUUGCAUUAUUUGCGGAAUAUUCACAAUUAUUUUGGCAUAUGCCGGUUGUGAUCAUAUCAUUGCUAUUAUCUCCGUUUCAUUGGCCAUGGCAAUGUUAGGUGCUCAAGCUUGCGGUCCACUGUCAAGCUUCGUAGAUUUGGCAUCGAAUUUUUCUUCAAUUUCAUUUGGAAUUUCCGCUACAGUAUGUGUUCUAACUGGAACAUUUUCAUCGUACAUCGUUGGAAUAUUGACAUUGAACAAUCAAACUAUUCAGCAAUGGAAGUACGUGUUCCUCAUAUCAUCUGCUAUGUCACUUGGCACAGGGAUAAUCUAUUUGCUGUUCGGAUCGUCGGAGGAACAACGUUGGAAUAAAUCGUCGUCCAAGGAGAGGGAGAUGAAACCAUUGACGGUUAUUGCAAACAUUUAUCCACAAUACGAUGACAACAAUGGAAGGAAAGAUUCGAUGUGAUGAGUAGAUUGUUGUUUGUUUAUAAACAGAAAUUUAUAAAAGAAUAUAGUGUAACGAAGUGGA